UCCAGAACACUAGAUGGAUCAGAAAGAGCAGAAAGGCAAGAUGAAUGAAGUUAAGCUUUCUGUCUUGGGUGGUGAAGGCACCGGCAAGUCUGCCCUUACUGUAAGGUUUCUUACUAAGCGAUUCAUUGGAGAAUAUGCUUCUAAUUUUGAGUCUAUCUAUAAUAAGCAUUUGUGUUUGGAAGGGAAGCAACUGAAUCUGGAAAUAUAUGACCCUUCUUCUCAAUUGCAGAAAGCAAAUUUCUCUCUCACAAGUAAACUUCAUUGGGCAGAUGGGUUUGUUAUUGUGUAUGACAUCAGUGACAGAUCUUCGUUUGCUUUUGCAAAAGCCCUUAUCUACAGAAUUCGGGAGCCACAAGCUAGUCAUUGCAAAAGAGCUGUGGAACAGGCAGUGCUUUUGGUUGGCAACAAGCAAGACCUCUGUCAUGUGCGUGAGGUUGGCUGGGAAGAAGGAGAAAAGCUGGCGCUGGAUAACCGAUGCCAAUUCUGUGAACUGUCUGCAGCAGAGCAGUCUCUGGAGGUAGAAAUGAUGUUCAUCAGAAUUAUCAAGGAUAUUCUUACAAACUUCAAGCUCAAAGAAAAGAGAAGAUCCAGUGGAUCUAAGUCAAUGGCCAAAUUGAUCAAUAAUGUAUUUGGAAAGAGAAGAAAGUCUGUUUAGCAGCCAUAUAAUCCUAGGGGAUUUAUUAUGUCAGAGUUUCAAACAUUCACAUGGUAAUUAAACCUAUCUGUUGUUUGSUUUUUUGUUGUUGUUGUUGGGGUGGUGGUACCAGAGAUUGAACUCAGGGGCACCUGGCCAC